CCGUCAACCCGACGACGAGAAUGAUCCGUGAUUUCGACGCUUAAGAUAAUUGUUCAAUUGUUGAUUAGUGACGCGUUGCGUUGCGCCAGGCGACCGACCCUUCGCUCUGCCAGCAAACAGCUGACUGGAAUCAGAGUUUCGGUCGCGCUCAGCUGCGGCAGCGGCUGCAUGUCGGGCCUUCGCCUUUCAUAUUCGCCUCGCGGCGUUCACGCCACGACGAGUUGGUCGAGGUUACCAUGGCAACCGUGCCCAUCCGGCCUCGUCACCACCCUCGAACAUCUCCCCGAGGGAUCCACACUCUCCGAAUGUCAGGGAGAAGAUGGCAGGGAUUCGCGAGAGCCCUGGUGGCAGUCGUCAAAUCCUCCAGGACGCUUCAAAUAGGAGGAGCUGGAACCGCAGUCGUAACGACAGGAUAUAUUUUCCUUGAUUCGAAGGAAAAGAGGGUGUUCAAAUCAUUGAUUGGAAGUUCGGUAAGAUUCGCCCGCUCGCUGGCGAUUGGUUUGGUAAUAUCAGCUGACUAUUGGGUAGCGCCGCUGAUAGGGGACGAGGAGAAUACAAUUCAUGAAAGAUCUGCUCGGCGCAUCGUCGACGGCUGUCUGAGCAACGGAGGGCUUUACGUCAAGUUGGGUCAGGGACUCGCUGCUCUCAAUCACAUAUUGCCGAGGGAGUAUGUGCGGACGCUCGCCGUGCUGCAGGACAAAUGCCUUACGAGAGAAGCGGACGAGGUUGACCAAGUCUUCCUGGAGGAUUUCGGAUCAAAGCCAAAAGAAAUUUUCAAGGAAUUCAACGAGCAACCGGUCGCAGCUGCGAGCCUUGCCCAAGUCUUCAAAGGGGUGACCCAUUCUGGAGAAACUGUCGCUGUUAAAGUACAGUACAUCGAUUUGCAAGAUCGUUUUGAGUCCGAUGUAAAAACGAUAGAGUUUCUCCUCAAGAUCGUUUCGAUAAUUCAUCCAAAGUUUGAUUUUCACUGGGUAUUACAGGAACUGAAAGGAACGCUGGCUCAAGAGUUGAAUUUUAUUAUGGAAGGAAAGAAUUCUGAGAGGUGCGCUAACGAUUUAAAAACUCACAAGGAAGUCCAUGUGCCUAAAGUUUAUUGGAACUGUUGCACAAAGAGAAUUUUAACCACCGAAUGGAUAGAUGGCUGCAAAAUAAAUGAUACAGCUUGUCUAAAGCAGCAAGGAUUUGACCUGGCCGACAUAGAUAGAAAACUAUUUGCCGUUAUGGCUGAGCAGAUUUUUCACACCGGUUUCAUCCAUGCCGACCCACAUCCUGGCAACGUUCUUGUGAGGAAAGGUGCAGAUGGCAAAGCUCAGUUGGUCCUACUAGACCACGGCUUGUACGAGAUUCUACCGGACAAUAUUAGACAUACCUUGUGCAAUUUUUGGGAAUCCAUAGUACUAAGGAGAUACAGUAGCAUGAAGAAAUAUGCGCAGGAACUCAACGUUAAUGAUUACAUAUUGCUUGGCGAAAUGAUAACUCAGUCGCCAAUAACUCUGCCAGGGAUCAGCGGAAAACAAGGAGACAUGAGCAUAGACGAUUACAUGCAACAGCAAGCCAAAGAGAGAUUCGAUAAAGUCUUGGCUGCGUUGAGGGCGAUGCCUAGUAGCCUGAUGCUGGUGAUAAGAAAUUUGAAUACUGUUCGAGCUAUUGCACGUGAACAUGGUGAUCCGGUAAAUAGAUAUCGAGCCUUGGCUAGGCUGGCUGUGUCUGGCAAACAUAGAACAACCAAUCGGAAAUUGUGGACAAGGAUAUCGGGGACGACGAGUUCGAUUUGGUUUGAAACGAGAUUGUGGAUACAGAGUUUUCGACUAUGGCUUAUCAGUGUUUACAUGAGAAUUCUGCGAACAAUAGGCUACGACAUUCAAAGAGCAAUUGACAAUGUAAUUUACUAGCAGCGAUAUGUGGAAGAAGUAGGUAAUUGCUCCAUUAAACCAAUUACCAGAUGGAGCGACGCGGUAACGUGAAAAGAUUGCGAAUGAAAGAGACUUGCGACGAAACGACUCGAGCAGUUUGGAAAAUUUUCAUCAGUUGAAGACAUUUAUUGGCACGUUUUUAAAAAUACCCGAUUGGUAAACAGAAAUGUUUUCAACUACAAAAAUAGGUAUUAUCGGUGAACAGUAUAUAGGUAAUUAUGUAUAAAUAAUGUAUAUAAAUAUUUAUCCGUUUUUUCUGAAAAAAACAUCUGUUAAUUUCAUCACUUCGAAUGUAAGUCAAUAUUACGUAAGUAUCCAAAUCUUUGUACAGAUAAACGUACCACAUUAUGGGCAGAACUUUAUAGGCGUAGAGCAAACUCAUAAAAUAUUGGAACAUGGAAUGAUAGGUAAAUUUACAGUAUCAAAGUUGUGCCUUAACAGUUGGGGAAUAACGUUUGUUUAAAUAUCAUAUCUUCGUACAGAGAGCUUUCAUGAGGCUGAAUUUUAAGCUAACGACAUCUAUGAGGAAAACCGGUCAUUGUGCGGUCUGCAGUGCCGACUAAUAUGCUGUCAGAAAUAUAACUUCCCAUUCCAUAACUGGCUGCGAUGGAACUUACAUUUAAAAAGCUGAAAUUCAAUAUGAUAAAUGCGAAUCUAAAACUCAUGCGACUCACUUAUGCUGUAUCAUGACACGUAGUUCAAACUUCGACAUCGGAUGUGUAUCCACUUCAAAAUGAACGAGUAACCAGCAAUAAAUUUUA